GAUCAACUGACAUCAAUCUUGCGAAGUAGCUACCAAGAUGAAGAUUGCAGCUAUAUUUGCGACGUCCCUUCUCGUUUGGGGUUUCGUCAGCGCCGGUGAGGUCGAAUCGGAAGCGAAUGCGGCGGCAUCAGCGCAAACAUCCGCGGGUGCAUCCACGAUUGGUCACGGCAAAUUAACGACUCAAGCAUCCUCUCAUGCAUCCUCCAGUGCGUCAGCAAUCAGCAAAGGAGGAUGGGGCUACCAUUACCAUCAAGGAAAUACUAAGAGCAAAAUGGUAAAUGGUGCUGGAAUUGCAAUCGAAGGAGCAAUAAUUGGUACUGGAAUUGGCAAUACUGCGUCCGCUUCCGCGGAAGCACUUUCAAGAGGACUUGGCAUUGGACAAGCAGCAGCUGAAGCGCAAGCUGCAGCAGCUGGUCAGGCAGCGAUCGCCUCUCAAUCAUGCAAAUUAGCUAGCAAAAGUACUGCUAAAGCAAUUGCCUAUGUUGAGGCAGCGGUUAAAGCUCAGAUUGACGUGGCCAACAAAGCAUUUGAAGCCGUGGAGAAGUCGGCUAUAGCUGCUAAGGCUGCAAAGAUAACCGAGGAAGAUGUCGCUAAUGUGAGAGCAGCAACCGGUAGACUGGAAUUAGCCUCAAGAGCUGCUUCCGCUGCCGAAAGACGUGCUAGCGAGGAAUCGGAAGCGGCUAAUGAACGUACACAAGCUGCGGCAGCCGCUGCCGCUGAAGCUGAAGCCAAAGCAAAUGCCGCUAAGGUAGCAGCUGUUGCUGCUUCGCGCAUUGCCGACGCAGCAGUUGCUAUCGACAGCGAAGCUGUUAUGUCGGUACGCAAGGCCAAGGAGACCCGCGUCAAUGCAAGGGCCGCUGGUGCACGGGCCAUAAACGCACAAGUUAUUGCCUCUGCUGAAUCCGAAGCCAGUUCUGAUCUUGAGAAUCGUGCAGGUGUGGCGCGUGCAAGUGCUUCUGGAGCCGCCGAAACCAAAGCUAUAGCUACCGGUGCUGGAGCUACUGCUGAAAUUGCAGCUUACAGCGGGGCUAACAAGGGUGAACUUAUCGACGCUGGUCCUCUACCGAAGAUCAUCAGCGUCAUUGCAGACUUAACUAAGGAUGAGGUUGAGGCCAUCAAGAUCAAACAUGGCCGAGAUCAUGGAAUUCAUAAGGAAAUAAUUUAUAAUGAAAAUAUUGUGGAAUCAGCAGCGUCCAGCAGCGCUAGUGCUAACGCUGGUAGCAUCGGCGGUGGCAAACUGGGGGGAAGAGGAAUUGCCGUAGCUAGUGCUUCAGCUAGCGCGGAGGCGGACAGUAAUGCGAUAAAGAAAUGGUGAACAACAUGGCGACGCAUGCGAAUCUUGAAUCCUACAUUUCGCAUGUGCACGAAUCUUUUAAGCAACGGAUAAUAGUAAACUAGCAAAACACAAUUAUAUAUGCAUAAUUAAAACAAAUGAUAAAAAAGAGCAUUUAUGUCAAACAAAAUUGUAAGAGUGAGAUUAAAUUGUAGCAGCUAUACCUACAUUCAAUCUUUUAUUGACAACCUUAUCUCAUUUAUUUUUUUAAUUUCGAAACUAUAGCUUAUAGAAUACAUAAUUUGCGAUCUUGGUACACACACACACACACACACACACACACACACACA